UUAAAAAAAAACAAAAAGAUUUUCCUUUUUCUAUUUCUUUUUCUUUUGUUUAUUAUAACCUUGAAGCCCAUAACUGUUGAUCAAUACUUCUCUCUCUGCUCCAUUCUUGAGCUGCUAAUGGCAAAACCAGAAGCUAAAGACUUCGAAGGGACCUCAGAACCCUUCAACUCUAAGACAUGUUUGUUGCGAGUCUCCAUUCACUGUGAAGGUUGCAAGAGGAAAGUGAUCAAGAUUCUCCAUAAUAUUCAUGGAGUUCAUGCAGUAGAAAUAGAUCGAAAUCAGCAGAAAGUCACAGUAACAACGAAUAUAGACGAACAAACAUUGAUUAAAAGGUUAAUCAAGGCAGGAAAGCACGCAGAACCAUGGCCAGAAAGAAUACCCAUCUCAAAAAACAUCAAAGAAAAGCAAAACGCUAUGGAAAUCCCCGUCUCUGUAAACAGCGCCGCCGUGCACGACGGCGGAAAGCAGAAACAGAGCACGGAAACAGAGGCUCCGGCGAAAGAAGUGCCAGUCCCAUCAAAAAAUGAGGAAAACUGUGGAAUUAGUGGAGCUGCCCAGAUACUUGAAAUUAGUAAUGAUGGAGACGGAGCUGCGGCGAAGAUUGGCCGCGCCACCGUAGAACGAGUUGUGGAGUUUACGUCGGGAGGAAGUGGUGAUAAGAAUAUCGCCGGUGAGACUCAACCUGGUGGGGCAGGUGGCGGUGCGGCAGCUGUUGCAAGUAGCGGUGGCGGCGGAGAAGGGAGGAAGAAGAAGAGGAAAGGGCAGAAGAAAGAGAAGAGUGACGGAGGAGGAGGAGGCGGCGGCGCUGUUGUCGGAGAUAUGGAGGGUCCACAGGUCGUUCCUCCACCUGGCAGCAUAGGAUCAGCCACUCCUCAUGAUCAUCACCAUCAUCAUGAUCCAACUCCAUCAUCCAAUCACGCCCCUCCAUUUAAUCAACCAUACAACCAUUCGGUACAUACGAUCUCAUCCCAACCGACUCACGUAACAAGUUACAAUACGAUUUCACCUCAACCGAUUCACAUCACGAGUUAUAAUACGGUCUCAUCCCAACCGACUCACGUGGCAAGUUAUAACACAAUCUCAUCCCAACCAACUCACAUGGCGAGUUACAAUACGACGCACCCAACUACUACCUAUGGUUCUUACUACGUCGAGCCACUGCCAUAUUCAGUUGUAGUAAGAAACACUUCACCACCAUCACCACCACAACCACAACCAUUGGCAGAACUAUCAAACUCUCCAACGUCUAAUCCAUUCGACUUCUUUAGCGAUGAGAAUCCCAGUGGUUGCACGGUCAUGUGAGAAUGAAAAUUGUGCUUGUUUGGACAAUUUUGGACAUCAAAAAGACAUGAAACUUGCACAAGUUGUAUGAGUAUUUGGGGGUAGAAUUGUAAUAUACAUGUAUAUGGAGGGAUAAAGUAUGAAAAGAACAAAAGAAAAGGAAAAGGGGAAAAAAAGAACAACUUUGUGGGUUAUUGUGCUUAGCUUUAUUUAGUGUACUUCUUUUAAAGCUGCACUUUAGUCUAUAUUUUCUUUAGGUUAAAUUAUAAAUAUGUUUUUUU